UCCUGUCACGUGACACACGAAUGCGGAAGUCUGUGUUUAUGUCGGCUGGAGUUUAUGAGUUUAUUUUAUCGUUUGAAAAUGGAAUGAUGUUGUUAAAGGCAGUGAGAGAGUCUGUGGAGCUUCACAGGGAGACAGGAAGCGCGAUUUAAAGCCAGCACACACAAAGAUUUGGUUUAAAAUGGCGGACGUGAAGGCGAGUUGGUUCCAGUGGGGGCCUGGACUGGUGGGACUGGUUUUACUGGUGUGUGCUGUGGGAGAGUGUCGGAGGCACGCGCUCCUCAUCAUCGCCGAUGAUGCCGGGUUCGAGACGGAGGUCUACAACAACACGGUGGUCCGAACUCCACACCUGAGCGCUCUGGCUCGACGCAGCGUCAUUUUCCGAAACGCCUUCACCUCCGUGAGCAGCUGCUCGCCCAGUCGCUCCACCAUCCUCACCGGAUUACCACAGCACCAGAACGGGAUGUACGGGCUUCAUCAGGGUGUGCAUCACUUUAACUCGUUUGACGGCGUGCAGAGCCUCCCGCUGUUACUGAAGCAAUCCAACAUCCGCACGGGCAUCAUCGGGAAGAAGCACGUAGGGCCGAGCUCCGUGUACCCCUUCGACUUCGCCUACACGGAGGAGAACGGCUCGGUCCUGCAGGUAGGACGCAACAUCACCCGGAUCAAACUGCUGGUCCGGAAGUUUCUGCAGGAACACCGAGAGGAGGAGAGAAGCGGAGGAGAGACUCGAUCCUUCUUCCUAUACGUAGCGUUUCACGACCCGCACCGCUGUGGCCAUUCGCAGCCUCAGUACGGCUCGUUCUGUGAGAAGUUCGGGAACGGAGAGAGCGGAAUGGGCAGAAUUCCCGACUGGCAGCCGCAACACUACACACCCGAGCAGGUCGAGGUGCCGUAUUUCGUCCCAGACACUCCGGCUGCUCGGGCGGAUCUCGCUGCUCAGUACACCACCGUCAGCAGACUGGACCAGGGUAUUGGUUUGGUCCUGCAGGAGUUGAGGGACGCUGGGUUUGAGAACGACACGUUGGUGAUGUACAGCUCUGAUAACGGAAUCCCGUUUCCUAACGGACGGACCAACCUGUACGACUCGGGCGUGGCCGAACCCAUGAUCGUCUCCUCACCUGAACAGCGACAGCGCUGGGGACAGACGAGCGACGCCUACGUCAGCCUGCUAGACAUCACGCCCACUCUGCUGGACUGGUUCUCCGUGCCGUAUCCUCCCUACAGCCUGAGCGGCGGCGGCGGCGGCUCUGUAGUUCACCUGACAGGUCGCUCCUUGCUCCCUGCUCUGUCCUCCGAGCCAAUUUGGGACACAGCCUUCGGCAGUCAGAGUCUGCACGAGGCCACCAUGUAUUACCCGAUGCGCUCGGUGAGGCGCGGCCGCUUCGUCCUGCUGCACAACCUGAACUACCGCUCGCCCUUCCCCAUCGACCAGGACCUGUACGUCUCGCCCACCUUCCAAGACCUGCUACAGAGGACGCAGGCGGGCACGCCCACCCGCUGGUUCAAGACUCUGAGGCAGUAUUACUACAGGGAGCGCUGGGAGCUGUUCGACACGCACUCGGACCCGGCCGAGCAGACCAACCUGGCCUCGGAUCCUGAUCAUAAAGCCGUGUUGGAGCUCCUGAGGGAGCAGCUGGUGAAGUGGCAGUGGGAGACGGAGGAUCCAUGGGUCUGCGCUCCGGACGCCGUGCUUGAGGACAAGAUGGAGCCCAAGUGCAGGCCGCUGUACAACGAGCUGUGAAGGAUCAGUGCCGUAAUGAAGCCUUUGAAGUUGGAUGCAAAUUUUUGCGUGAGACUAAAUGGAGCUCGCAGUGAACUGAACGUUGUGAAGAAGAGAAACAAGGAGACAUCAUUAUGCACACACACACACACACACUCGAACACGCUUUCAGAAACCAUGAACUUGUACUCAUGCCAAAGUGAAAAAUCAUUUUCAAAAGUUGUUUUCUAUUAAAAAGCCUGAUUUGUACUUUA